UACGAUGGCAAGUGGAGCAAUCAAUGUGGUAAGAGGCUCAAGGUCAUCAGUUGAAGAGCUAUUACAAAUAUACAACCACUCUGAAAGUGUUGCACUAGUGGUGGAUAACCCUGAAAUGUUUAACCGGGUUGCAAACACAUUUUAUUCAAGGACUAGCAUGAGGUUUGUUGUUUUGCUUUGGGGAGAAAAAUCAGACCUGGUUGGUCAAGAAAACAAGCACGUGCCAGUGUUUACUUUCAUGGAAGUCAUAAAUUUGGGACGAGAGAGUCGCCAGGCAUUGUCUAAUACUCAUGAUGCUGAACAGCGUUAUACUUAUGAAGCAAUAAACUCUGAUAACGUUGCUACUAUCAUGUAUACAAGUGGAACUACCGGCAAUCCCAAAGGUGUUAUGCUAACCCAUCGGAAUCUUCUGCAUCAGGUUUCAUUACAAACCUACCGUAAUUAAAGUCACAAUAAAUUAAUUACUCGUGAGUUUAGCACUUUUUUUUUCCAGUAAAUUCUCUUACAAAGGAUCACUGUCUAAUAUUUUUCAAAUAAUUAAAGGAGUUAAUUUCAUGUGUACAAUGUGACAGGGCAAUAUUUUUUAAACAAUAACUAUUUAGUGUAG